CACUCAGCAACCGAAGAACAGAGAAGAAGAAAGCCAGAGAGCGAGAGAGAGGGACUGUUUCCGUGAGAGAUAGAGAGAGACGGACUGUUACCGUACGAUCUAGGUUUUCCAUGAUUCGCUGAAUCAUGGCGAGUCAGCAGCAGCAGCAACUCGCUUCUCCCCUUUCUACAAAACCCCUGCAAGCACUAUCUCCUGCUUCUAGGGUUCGAGAAGCUUCGACUCCUGCGUUUCUAAGGAGCGGCGGAGAUAAUUUCCCUCUCAGCGACGAUGCAAUCUGGAAGCGUCUACGGGAUUCCGGCUUUGAUGAAGAUUCAGUCAAGAGAAGGGACAAGGCUGCUCUCAUCGCAUACAUCACGAGGCUCGAAUCACAGGUUCAUGAAUAUCAACACCACAUGGGCCUUCUCUUAUUGGAAAGGAAGGAAUGGACAUCAAAAUACGAGCAAGCUAAAAUAUCUGCUGAAUCAGCUGAAAAAAUGCUUAAGCGUGAUCAAGCUGCACACUUAUCUGCUCUAGCUGAAGCAAGGAAACGGGAAGAAGGUCUGCAAAGGGCUUUAGGCGUUGAGAAGGAGUGUGUAGCCAAUAUUGAGAAGGCCUUGCACGAGAUGCGAGCUGAAUCUGCUGAAACAAAGCUUGCUUCUGAGAGUAAGCUAGCAGAAGCACGUGUAAUGGUAGAGGAUGCUGAAAAAAAAUAUAUUGAGGCAAAGGCAAAGCUGCAUGCAGCAGAAUCAUUGGAAGCAGAGGCAAGGCGGUAUCACAGCGCUGCUGAAAGAAAGUUACAGGAAGUUGAAGCACGCGAGGAUGAACUUAGGAGACGGCUUGUGCAUUUUAAGUCUGAAUGUGACGCUAAAGAAAAGGAAAUCAGUCUAGAGAGGCAAUGUCUGUCUGAACGCCAACAAAUUUUGCAGCAAGGCCAAGAAAGAUUACUUGAAGGACAGACUCUGCUAAAUCAGCGGGAGGAGUACUUCCUAGGAAGAUCUCAAGAUUUGAGUCAGCUUGAGAAAGAAUUGGAGGCAAAGAAAGCAGUGAUUGAGAAUGAUCUUAUAGCUCUAAAGGAGGAAGAAUCCAAAUUGCACUCGAAAAUGGUUUCCCUUUCAACUAGAGAGGAGUCUGUCAUUGAACGGGAAGCAUUACUUGAUAAGAAGGAGCAGGAGUUGCUUAUUUUACAAGAAAAGAUUACUAGCAAGGCACAUGAUGAGAUUAAAAAACUAACAGUUGAACAUCAAGCUACUCUGGAAAAGAGAAAAUUUGAGGUUGAAUCUGAUUUGGAGCUGAAACACAAGAUAAUGGAGGAUGAGCUUGAGAGCAGGAGACAAGCUUGUGAGCUCAGGGAGGCUGAACUUAAUGACAAGAAGGAAGAAAUCGAGAAAAAGAUGCAUGAUUUCGAGCUACAGUUAAGUUCGUUGGUAGAGAAGGAAAAUUAUACUGCACAAAGGUUGAGAUCACUUGAAGAGAGAGAGAAGAGUCUGAAUGCUGUAGAAAAAGCUGCAGAAAUAGAGAUGAUGUCUAUGAAGAAAGAAAGAGAAGAGAUUGCCAAUAUGAUGCUAGACCUUCAGAAAUGCAAGGAUUUACUGGAAGAAGAAAAGAAACAAGUUCUUCAAGCAGAGGAGAAACUAGAGGUCACCAAAAGUGAAAGAGCUGAGUUGCUGGGUCUACAAACUAAACUCAAAGAAGAAAUUGAUAGUUUCAGGGCCAAAAAGCUUGAACUUGUGGCUGAAGCAGAUGGGUUGAAAGCUGAGAAGGAGAAGUUUGAAAAUGAGUGGCAGCUGAUUGAUGAGAAAAGAGAGGAACUGCGAAAAGAAGCUGAGCGGGUUGACAAAGAGAGAAAAGUAUUGAGCAAGUUCCUUAAGGAUGAACAGGAUAGCCUAAAGGUGGAGAAGGAUGCGUUACGAGAUAGGUUCAAUCAUGAUGUUGAGUCUCUUUCCCAUGAACAAGAGUCCUUCCUGAGUAAGUUGGAGCGUGAACAUUCUGAGUGGUUUAGCAAGAUUCAGCAGGAACGAGCAGAUUUUGUACAAGAUAUAGAGUUACAGAAGAGAGAGUUGGAAAACUCUAUUGAGAGGAGGCGGGAGGAAAUUGAACAAUAUUUAAGAGCAAGUGAAGAAGCAUUCAAGCAAGAAAAGGCCAAAGAAUUCAAGUACAUCAGUGCUCAGAAGGAGUUGAUUGCCAAAGAUCUUGAACAUGUUGCAUUGGAAAUGAAAAGGCUUGAAAUUGAAAGGACAGAGAUUGCUCUGGAUCGGGAGCAAAGAGGUAAAGAGUGGUCUGAGAUAAAAAUUUCCAUCGAAGAACUUCAAGUCCAAAGGGAGAAACUACAGAAACAGAGGGAGUUAUUGCAUGCAGAUAGAGAGGAAAUUCAGAUUAAAAUUCAAAGUCUUAAGAAACUGGAAGAUCUGAAAACUGCUUUGGAAAAUAAGGCCCUCUAUGAGAGACAACUGGCAGAUUUAGAUGCCAACAAAAAGAAAGCUCCUUCCAAAAGACGCAUCACUGCACAAACUGUUGUACAGGAUACUGAGAAGAAUUCAAGUAAAUCAAAAGAAGCUGUCGACGGUAACUUCGGAUUAGCUCUGGUUUCUAAGCAAGCAUCAGAUGGCGAUUCACCUCCUACCUCUACACCUUUGUCGUGGGUCAAAAAGUGCACUGAAUUGAUAUUCAAGCCUUCUCCUGAGAAAAGCGUUGAUGCAAGUCAUGAAAAGAGGUCAGUGGCCUCUGAUCUUGGAUCUCUGAACUCAAAGUCACUAGAGAACAAGCAUUCUCAAAAUGGUAAAAAAUCCAUCUCGUCCCAAUUGGAGAACUUUCAGGAUGCUUCUGGUACGUUCGAUAGGCUUAGGUCAAAUGGAACGGAUGGAAGGAUGGGCAGAAUCUUCAGUCGGUCACGGACUGCAGUUUCAGUUCUCGAAGAAUCAAAAGUAAUAUAUGAAGUGCCUUCGGUGGGUGAGAAUGUUAAAAGCUCACACAAUUUGGAUCCUGAGUUCAACACAUCCGAAAGGAAAGUGGCUCAGCAUAGAGAAGCCUUUAUUGAGAAUACGAAUGAUGAAAAAGCAAUAUCCACUGACAGUGGUGCAAAUUCUUUACUUGGAAGGAAACGACAGAAAAAUUUCUCCUCUCAUGAUCUUGGUGAUGGUUUGAGCCGGAAACAUAAGAAGACAAGGCAACACAAAGAUGCUGCUAAAACUACUGUGGAAGAGAAUCUUUCUGACUGUGUGGUUUCUACACAAAUGCUCUCCUUGGAGGAUGAGAAGAGCUUGGUAUCAUUCAAUCAUACUGUUAGAGAUGGCAAGGAUGCUGAGGUGCAUGUGGCUGAAAAUACUGAAAUCCAAGAAAUUCCUACUGAAGAUAGAGGCAUUAACACCUGUGGUGAACACAUCAACCCAGGUUGUUCACAGAAGUGCUCACAAUCAUUAACGCAUGAUAAUCUUCAAGCUGGAGGAUCACAUGCGCAUGAAUAUUUUCCACUUGUAGAAAAUGGUGUAUUGUCUACUGCUUCACAUACGGAGGAGCAUAAUCAGAAUUUAUUCAUAAAAGGAAAGGAUGAUACGACAACGCCAACCCUGCAAACCAAAAAAACUCAAACAAACAAGUCUAAUACCGACAAUGAUGAUGGUGAAGAUGAUGAGGAAGGUGAAGAGCAAAUGACGGUAAAACGGAAGUUGUGGAAUUUCAUCAUUACAUGACUUCUUCAGGCUACUGCUGAUUGCAGAACUCGAAGAAUGCAGAAUAGGCUUGGUGGGGGAUUCAUUCUAACAUGUAGGCGACUUAAAUUAGCAGGGUGAAGAUAUACGUAUGGGUUCUUUUCUUAGGCUCUCUGGAUUCUCAUGGUAUUGCUUCCAUUUUGGAAUGUGUAAAUGACAAUGAUCGUAUAGAAUCUGUAAAUGUGUUGUAAGAAAUGUUUGAGGGUGUUGAGGGUGUUGAUAUUGGUAGCAAGUGUCUAAGCAUGUGAUUGUUAGGUUCUCUAUUCGUUUUCCUUUCUUUUUUUUAACCCGUGAUGUAUUCAUGUGAUGUUUUGGGGAAGUCCAGUUCUGCCAUGGUGGUGACUAUAACCGUGUUGAUUGAUUCUUGAAUGUUGAAAGAACCCGUGAAUGGAAUUUGUUGUGAGAGUGGAUUUUUAA